AUGACUUCAUCAUUCCAAACAGUACAUGAAUUCAGUGGUUUACCUUGGUGGGCACUUAUACCAUUGACAACUUUUACUUUGAGGUCUGUCUGGACUCUACCUUUGGCAAUAUUACAAAGAAAACGAAUUCAAAAACAAAGUCAAUUACGUCCGCUAGUUAGUGCAAUGAAUCCCAUAUUGAAAUUAAACUUGGCAAGACGAGUUCAACAGGCCAAAAAGAAACUCGAAAAUAAUUCCAACACCAAAGAAGACAUUACUUCAAUUCAAGCCAGUUCAACAUUGAGCAAUAUGAAAUAUGAACAAAUUUUAUUAUUGAGUGCAAAAGAGGCUCGAAAACGACAGAAAGAAUUAUUUGCUAAGAAUGGUGUACAACUUUGGAAAAAUUUUAUUCUACCUGCAUUUCAAGUCCCAUUAUGGAUAAUGAUGUCAAUAACCAUGAGAGAUUUAAGUGGAUGGUCAUCUUGGGAUAAUACUCAUAAUAAAGCAUUGGAUCCGAGUUUAUAUGAAGAAGGUAUACUUUGGUUUCAAGAUUUAUCAAUUGCCGAUCCCAUGCAUGUUUUCCCAGUGAUUUUAGGUAUUACGGCAUUAUGCAAUAUAGAAUGGACUUUAAAGACAUUAGAACUACUGCGGUUGACUAAGAAAUUGAAGUUUCGUCCAACUUUGACAGAUGCGUUUGGAAAUUUAACUAAAAUGUCGAUUGUAUUUAUGAUGGCAAUAUCUUUACAUGCUCCUGCUGCGUUGACUAUAUAUUGGAUAAGUUCUCAGCUUUAUUCUUUAUUGCAAAAUGUCAUGAUGGAUUUGAUGUUGCCAAUUAGUUUUACACCAAAGAAGAGAAUCAAUUAUGCCAAAAUAAAAAACGACAAUGCAGUAAAUGUUAUUAAUUGA